GUUUCGCGAGCCCAUUCUUCAUCGAAAAACAAUUGUUUUGUGCCUGCCCACGUCAAACAAUCCUUUGUAGCGUGCGUAUGCUGGGUCGCGGCGACUAUCGAUGCUGGACAGAUCAUCAACAAUGUCCAGGAUGAACAUGGACGGCCCCACAACCAAGUCCGUCCAAUGCUCGAUCUGCAACAAGAGGUUCUCCAGAACAGACCAUUUGAAGCGGCACCAAUUGCGGCAUUCAGGGGUCAAACCGUACUCCUGCAUCUUCUGCGGAGAUGCGUUUACGCGAAGCGACAACCUGAGGGAUCACUACCCAAGCUGCCCUCAACGAAGAAAUCGCCAAAUACCAGAAGCUGCCAGAGGCGGAAGGCGAUCGCAUGCUUGUGACUCGUGUACUUUCAUGAAGCUUGGUUGCGAUGGAAAUAAUCCAUGCAAAACAUGCCGACAUAAGAAGAUCGACUGCAAGUUCGCAAGACUUGAAUCGAAAGGGCUUCUUGGAAAGAGUGAACAUUUGACUAAAUCGUCAACUGAUGCUGAGAGGGAUGCAUCAUCCGAUAGGGGAUCUAUCAAGUUCCUCCUGAACUCAGGAACAGCGAGCUUUAUUGAAUGUUUCCGGCUGCCAUCUUCCCAUGAGAGACGGAAUCUGUUCAAUUUUCGAAACACUCAAAGGUCCCCGGACUCCUUAACAAUUCUAGACGGAUUCGCAAAUAGCAGUGAGAAUGGAAGCACUGCUAGCGCUUUUUCCGACCCUUUCGAGGACGAACCAAUCGACUGGUCUCUUUUCGAAGACGAAAAUCUUCUCAGAUUCCUCAGCAGUCCCUUCAAUGAAGUGCAGAUGCAGUCAGAGGAUUUGUUCGCACCUUUGGGUAUAGAUCAGAGCUUUGCAGCGGGGCCGAAUAUGCAGGGAGUACCUCUCCCUGAAGAGUGGGAGUCUCCAAGUGAGGCAUCUUCCGCAGCAAUACAAGCAAUUUCCCAAAAAACGAUGACGCUGCAGCUGAGUCCUCCCGAGCAGGCUGAUAUCUCGCAUCACUUGAAUUAUCUGUUCACUCCAUCUCGAAUGAGAAGACUUAUCAGCCUUUACUUCGAAUUCUGGCAUCCCCAUUGCCCGAUAACUCAUCAGGGAACGUUUAACAUGGAAACAGCACCAACCCCCUUGCUUGUUGCUGUCCUUUUUGUUGGCGCCAUGUAUUCGCAGGUUGACAGAGAUGUCAGCAGUGCGAAGCUUUUACUCGACCUGGCGGAACUCUACGUAUUUUCUAUCGAUGACCUGACGGACGAGUUCGAGAUCAGGCGAAUGCUCAGAGCUCCCAAUAAUACGGCACCCGACUCUCUUCCGUUGAGCAACCAGGCUUUUCAGCAUUUGCAAGCAGCAUAUUUAGUGGUUUGUGUACAGUUCUGGGCUGGAAACAUGGUCUCGAGGAAACGAGCUAUAGACACCAAAUUCGGCGUGGUACUGAAGGUGGCUCGACGCAUCGGACUUACGAAAGCUAGACACGAAUUGGACGACAGUGUCGAUGAGGAUUUAUGGAUCAAGAAAGAAUCUCAGAUUAGACUGAUGAAUAUCAUCACCCUUCUCGACUGUGCUUUUGCUUUCUUUGCCAACUUCCCCUGUCGACUCAUGGUCUCUGAAAUGAGAUUUGAUCUUCCUUGCGAAGAAAGCAUAUUUUCCUCGCCGCAUCCCUUCGCAGAACCGAAGUUCGCCCCAAGCCGCCAUCUUACAACUUUCGAUGCAUUCCAAAGCCUAUUUGGACAGCUGAAAUCCACCUCUGUGCCAAAUCAAGGAAGGAAGGGCAACCCACUGGGACUGAAUCCCAUGGAUAUGUUUAUUCUCGUUCAUAUACUCUACGUCUAUGCUCACACUCACGUAAUUCUUUUCUCCCCCUCCCUCCCUCGAACAUCAGACGGCUCGGGUGGCUCAACUCCUACCGGGGCACCAUGCUCAACAUCUGACACCAAUCUCGCACUCAUCAGAGCAGCUCUUUCUCGCUGGCGAUCCCUUUGGACCACAAUUCGCUCAAAUAUACCCAGUCAAGCAUGGGCAAGUUUAGGUUUCUUCAGGAACGGAUAUAAUUACUGGCUCGUGACACAGCUCUUGAUCAAUAAUAAGGGGAGUGUAGAUGUAAUGAUGGGUAUGGAGGUUGGAUGCGAAGAUACCCUAAAGCAACUAAAGGGACUACUGAAGGAAAGUGGCAAUGACCCCUAGAAACCAUGCACUUCUACAUCAAGAAUCAAUUUCAAUCAUCCUUGCCG